AUGAUAAUUUAUCGAUUCGUUUUAAUCCGGGUGACCCUUAAUUAUCGUUUAAAAAAGUCAGUUGGCUGCUUAUCAGCCGAGCCCCGUUAUCAUGUGCGGGCCAAAAGGAGCGCCACCACCACCGCCACGGCUUUCGCCUAUACUCUGAAUUCUGAUCACUUAGAACUUCAUCGCCGAGAGAGACAAAGUCAACUCUUGACGAUGAUAGUCUUAAGCAGUUUACUGCUGGGGCUCUCCCGGGCGGCUUAUCUACCGCUGUCCAACGUGCAGUACCCAGUCUACCACCCUAACGAUCGCGUAGAGAUCUACGGGCCCGAACUCAAGCAACUUGCCGAUUCUGACAGAUGGGCAAUUGAAGCUGUAAACCGCGAUGAUGAGCUGAACACCGUCCAGCUUCUUUGCGAACUGGUUCAAGAGAAAAACUUCCGUCUCUGGCCAUCUCAGGUCGAAAAUGAAGAACCUCUUCCUCUGACCAAGCCUGGCGCUUGGUACCUUAGCUGUACUUUUGGCAUUCCAUCCGACCUUGAAAACGACGGCGAGUACUUCAUUCGCGGAGCAUUCUUUGAAGACGACGCAAGAUAUGUCGAUUACGAUACGAUUACGUUUUCGAUCGACACUGAUCGUCAGCCGCGAAAGCAUCGAUUCGUCACCGACAUGUUCACCGAUGUCGACAUCGCCCGAGAGCGGCCACGAACGAGCGCUCUUGUCCGAGGAGCACCAAAAAUUUCCGGCCUCGCUCCUUCCAACGGAUCGCCACUUGGUCAAAUCUACUUGACCAUCUAUGGUGACAACCUGAAAUCCCAGCAGAUCGAUCUCGGCGGCACCUCCGACAACGAGGAAACCGGUGAGGGUGAAAACUACAAGAUCUGGGGUGAGCGAGAAGGAGACCGAGUCGACUGUCACUUGGACCGUAUGUUGACCCUUCACGGUCGACCACUCAACGGCGCUCAAUUUGUUGUCUGUCUCUUCCCCGCCGUUCCUUUCGUCGGAAGAUGGUACAUCAAAAUGACCAUCGAUGACGGUGACGUUCUCAACGCUGGUCACAUGAACAUCGAAGAGGGAUACGCUCCAAAAGUCUACCAUUUCUACCCAUCUGCUUCUGCUCCAGCUCGACCACGAGGAAGCUGGGACUACGACGGUGCCUUCUGGACCAGCUGGUACAACAUUGACAACCCAUCAGAUGGUGUUGAAGAGGAGUCAUUCACCGAAAUCUACUCUCGAAACCGAGCUGACUUCCAGCACUGCACAUCGCCAGUCAAGAUCCAGGCCUGGAACACCGAACUUGACGAAGAGUUCCUUACUACCGCUAAUGUCAAUGCUGACGGCCGAUGCGACACUGCUUUCUUCUCUCCAUUCGAAGGUGUUCGAUGUGAAGACGCUCUCCAGUCUAUCGAAACAAUCAAAUGCCCAGACAUCAAAGUUCGAUUCUACUGCAUUCCUGGUAUCACAGAAAUCUGGGGUCGACAGUUUACCGACGUCGUUGCAAGACUUGACGACGAGGACUUCCACGCUAACCGUCUUCACGAACAGCCCAAGGUUGUUGAUGACAACGAUGGAUUCAAAUCCGAGCUCAAGAUCUUCCUCAACGAUGGACAAAACUGCGGAACUCAUGAAAACUGCGGUAUCUCUCAUGAGAUGCAGGUUUCGAUUAAGAAUGGAAACGACGGUAUCAUCCAAAUGCUGCCAAAAGCUCCUAUUCCAGGUGCUUACAACUUCACCUAUCAGACUCAUCACCAGGGUCGAGCAUAUGUUCACGGCCGAUACCAGAAUUGGUUCGGAAAUGAAGAUCUUCUCCCAACUUCCUUCGAAAUCUACCCUCAAAUCAACUCAGUUUCUCCUCAAAUCGGUUCCGUCAAUGGUGGAGCUAUUCUUACAGUCACUGGUACUGGUUUUACCAGUGACGGAAAAGGCGGCACUGUAAGUAUUCAAGUCGGAGGUGUCGAUUGCGAAGUCCUUACGAUGACCGAAACUGAGAUCACUUGCCGAGUCGCUGCUGGUGAAGAAGCUGAAGGAUCAUGGUACGAGAACAGACAAUUCGUCCCACUUGAUGGAUUCGAGUACGCUCAUUUCAAAUACUUUUCACGAGCAACAGGAAGUGCUCAAAAGUGCGAAGAUCUCUGCCGACGUGACGCCAAGUGCAUGGCGUGGGUUUGGGAAACAAAAGACGAUUGCGAUCAUUACGAUUACGUCGGCGAAGAUAGAGUUGGAGCUGACAAAGAAUUCGCGACAACUGCUGAUUGGAUCGCUGCACACUGGGCUCCAGAAACCGACGCUUUUGGUGGCUACUUCAAUGCUGACAACCAUGUUGAGGAACUCGAUUGCUUCUCUGGGCGUGGUCAUUUCUACAAUGGAACUGCUGUUACCGGACAAUGGGAUGGAGUCUGCGCCGAAGGCUCUUUCUGUCGAAAUCCAACUCCACAGUACAACGCGAUGCCGUAUUGUCAAACUCCAGAAGGCCACUGGAGAAACUGUCAAAUUCGACGAUGCGAUCAAAAGACAGGCCCUUUCCUUGGAAAUCGAGGGUUCGACGUUAAAGUUUUGCGAGGUCACACAGGCGAUUAUCAGCUGGAAUGGGAAAGAACAACAGCUGAAUAUGAGCUAGCGGAUCAUCUUGCUCAUAGAGAUUUGGACGGUCUCCUGAUGCAAGGAAAAUUCUCAAACUCGAAGAAACACCUUUAUGGAGAGUACUCACCAAAUCAGGAACAUUGGAGCAUCCGAGGAGAAACAAAUUUUGUUGCUCCUCUUGAUGGUGUCUAUAAAUUCAUUUUCGCCGUUGAUGACGACCUAACAGCUUCGACUGUGAAAGAUCAAUCGAACGGAGAGUGGGAACGAAUCGGCCAUGUCUACGCUGUUUGCGGCGAGAAUGAUAAGCAGUGCAGAAAUACUCCUGAUGCGCAUUCUCCGUUCUACACACUCUCAAAGGGAGAAGCUUUCCCUAUUUCUGUUUCUGCGGCAAAUGGUGGUGGACCUGGUUACGCCUAUGUCGGAGUCCAGUACCUCGGAAAAGAUGGUACGGGAACCUGGCAUGAUCUCAAACGAGAUAGAGAUGAGAAGCUCUACGAAGCUGCUUACAUUGACGCCCGACAAGAUAUCUACUUCGAGCAAGAUCGAAACCGUGAUGCACAGUGGAUCAACGUUGCCUGGGAUGUUGACUUUAAGGACAAUGGCGUUGGUCUUGGUGAUGGCGAGUCCUUCGACGAUGAUGUCAGCCCACGAUUCCAAAUGGAAAUUUGUGGAGAUGACUAUUGUGUCGAAACUGGCACCCUUGCUGGCUACGAUAAAGACAACACAGGAACAUUCGAAGAUACCGUUCGAGAUAUUAUGGAACCAUACUUCUCGGCUGAGUGCACGAAAACCGGAUCCAUGAACCCGAUUCAUUUCCAGAACGAUUAUGAAGAGAACAACUACUGGCCUGACCAGUGGCAUCGAACAAGAUCUGUCGGUGCUUGGUGCGGAAAGAGAGUUCUUCGAACUCAUCAUUGGGACAUUUUCAACCAUCAUGCUCAGAAGAAUGGAAAUAAACAGGUUGGUCCAGCUAAUGGAUUCGAAACAGGAGACUUUUGCUUUGCUCAUCGAGGAGAUAUCGAUAAAAUCUUGCUCUACGUUCGCUACUCCUAUGUUAGAACUGAUGGAAGCACUGGACACUGGCAGAACUGGGCGUAUGUUCCAAUCGCUGGCCAUACAAACAAUGAAGAAUCUUGGCAGUGGGGAUGCUGGAACGCUCUUGACCUCAUCGACAGCCAUAUCGCUUACAAAGGAUACGAUCACACUCGAACAGAAGAUCAGUUCUUAAUCUACCACAUUCAACUUCGAAAUGAUGAGGUCAUGCCUAUUUUCGUCGAUGAAUUCGUUCUCGGAAAGAUGCGCGAACCAUAUGAGAUGCAGGUUACCCGACCUCAAUUCAAACAGGGCGGAACUGCAAUUUGGAAGAUCCAUGUUGACAAAUAUUCAAGAAAUGGAGGAUCUGCUUAUCGAUUCACUUGGAACGAUUAUCAUGAUUAUCCAGUGAAUGGAUAUAUUUCUCCACUCAUUAAGAUCAAGGCACCAAGUGAUGUUACUCUUGCUGCUGAUUCCGAUGCUGCUACAGACUCGACAGGAGCUGAUUGGACUAGCAUGUCUCCUGUUCCAGUUAAUGUGUGGGAUGCUAACAUCGCCGUUCAGGACGAAAAUGAUUACGGUUUCCAGGAAGAUAUCACCCGAGAAUACCUUUACGGUCGAUUCAACUACAAAAACUCUAACAACGUUCGACACAUUCUUCACGUCCACGUCUUCCGAAAAUCAUACAUCAAUGAAGACCCCCGAGGAGAAAUGACAAUCACCUACGGAGACAGUCCUACCGAGCUAACUCUACCUUUUGGUUCCCACAUCUCACAGUACACUAUUCAAGAUGCUCUCCACGAGACGUGGCCUGAACUUCAAGAUGACGGACUCAAAGUUCGCGUUUCGAGAUACGGCUCUGCUCAAUGGGGUCCAAGAUUCAGAAUUCAGGCUUACGAGCAUGGUCAGAUGAAAAUGUUCGCUCUGAAGAGCUUCACUCUCAACACAAACGGCCGUCAUCAAAAUUUCCGAAGUGGAACUGAAGAACGAACACGAGCUGGUAUUUACUCUCCGAUUCUCCCUGGAUCUUUGACCGCCACAUCUCACGAUCAGCCUCAAGUUGUCGUGAUUGCCAAUGGUCAGCGAUCAGCUUGCGACAAUUGCGAUUUCCGAUACUCGAACGCUCACACUGUGUCCGUCACAAGUGUGAGUGUUGCUGAUGGCGACGCUGUUUCCCUUGGCGACUCAAUCACGGUCAACUUCAACAAGAACUCUUACUCUGGAACACUCAAGAACGCCAACAUUCAUAUCGAUGGUGUUGCAUCUACAGAUUGUUCAAAUACCGCGUCAUCUGUGACCUGCACUGUUGGGCAAGUUCCAGUCGGCUCUUGGGAGGUCGUUCUUCACAUUCCAGAGAAUGGUGACGCCCCAUCAGGCGUUUUCGUCUCUGUCUCGAGCUCAGUCACUUCGUCUACUCCAACAACUGGUUCCAAUAAUGGUGGUCAAAUCGUCACUGCUUCUGGUACUGGCUUCAGAGCUGGCCAAGUUGUUCAGGUCAGCAUGAACGGCGAAGUCGUCGACUGCGACUCAACUGGAUUCGAGGUCACUUACGACACCCUCGUUUGCCGAACAGCUGCUCAUACCGACUGUCUUCCAGGCUGUGCUGGUCCAACUCCCAUUCUUUCUUCUGUCUCGCAGUCUGAGCUUACUGUGAUCGGUGGCGAGACAAUCACUCUCACUGGCAAUGGCUUCUCCUCCAGCUGUGACGACGAUACUAGCUCCGUCAUGAUUGGAGAUAAUACUGCCACCGUCCUCAGCUGGUCUGAUACUGAAAUCGUCGCUCGGACUUCUGCAAUGAGCGCCGCUGCUGUUGCUGAUAUCAAGGUGGAUGUUUGCGGCGUUGGUUACUCAGACUCUGUUUCUGGUUCAACACAGCUUCAGAUCCGAGGAAUUGGCGGAGCCUUCUCUUCACUUAUUGGAGGCCGAUUGAUUACUAUCAACGGUGAUGGUUUCGCCCACAGCGAGAGCUCUACUGAUGAUGUAACCGUCAUGGUCGGAGAAGAUUCUUGCGACGUCAAAUCCGCCGAUUACAAUCAGAUCGUCUGCCAGACUGCUGGAGUCAGCACCCGCCAUCGACUUAUUGUUGGUGCCGGCGGAAUCAUGGAUGCCGCUGGUAGCAUGUCCGGUGUCACAACCAUCGAAGUCGGAGACGAGAUCGAAUGGUGGUGGAAUAUCCAAAUCGGAGGAACUGUUCCGAAAUUCGAGUUUGAGAGAACAAGCGAAGCUGGAUCCGUAAGCACUGGAGGUGCCAAGUGGUCACCACCAAUUUACGGUGAUCAGAAUUCGUUUAUCCACCAAUUUGUCGCCGAAGGAACUUAUCACUACUCAACUGGCUACAUUGACGGCGCUACAAUCUUCCAGUCUGGAACAAUUAUCGUUGUUGGUGCCACCGAUAAGGCCGCCCGAGUCAGUGUUACAAUCGGUGAUAACGAAGCUGCCCACGUUGCUGCUAGAAAGAGAAAGAAUCAACCUGCCGGAAAUUGCAACUCUGUCGCCGGAGUUACUUCUGCCGAGGCCUCUGUCGACGCUGAUCACUACGUUUUCUACUCACUCAUUGCCACACCACGAAUCGUUGACUUCACAAUCAAUGCUCAGGCUCCAUUUGAGCAUUCUAGCACUCCAGUAAACGCUGAAGUUGUUGUCAAUUUCGACUCAUAUGACGUCGACAGCUGCGCAAGUUAUAUUGAAAUCGAAGUUUUCAACAACGAAGGAUCAUACCCCUGCUCCGGAAGUGGAUCUGGUAAUCAGUACACUUGCACUAUCGACCCAUCUGCAGGACUUUCAAUCUACAAGGACAACAAGCUCCGCAUUUCUAUCGCUACCAUGGGUGACGUGUACUUCCUUGACUACAACGCUGUCACUGAUGAAGACACCUUCUCAUCUGUUGUUCAAGUGGAUGAAGCAUUUGAACUUGAUAUGGAUUCUGCUAUCACUUCUGUCAGCCCGGCUCCAAUCUCACUUCUUGGAGAUGUUGAGCUCACAAUUUCUGGAUUUGGAUUUGCCUGUGAUGAAAGCUCCGAAACAUUCAGCAUUGGAUAUGAAGGAUCAAACGCUUCAUUUGCUUGCACAACUCUUUCUGCUAGCUACGAUGAAGUCACAUGUCAUCUCCAGAAAGUAGCUGUCGACGUUUCUGACGUAUCUCGACCUUCUGAAUUUACUGUUACUGGCGACUGGGGAUCUUCCGCUCAGCUUGCCGUAUCGGACGCCAUGACUCCAAAAGUCACUGCUGUCGAAGUUGCAGCUGAUAAGGCUUCUGUCACUGUCACUGGUUCUGAUCUCGAUGCCCUUGUUGGUAGUAUCGAUGGAGAAUCAUUUGAUUGCUCUGGUGGUUCUUGCGCUCUUCCAGCUGUUGGCGCUGGUCUUCACAAGCUCACCUGGCGAUCAACUGUCGGAGCGGCAACUUUCGUCGACUCUGCUGUUGAAAUCGUUCCCGAAGUCGUCUCUGUCUCCCCUGUUUCUGGUGGAUCAAAUGGUGGUUUCAGAAUCACCAUCACUGGAACUGGCUUCGAUGAAGACACGAUUGUCACUUUCUCUGAUGACUUUGGUGCUGUUGUUGAGAAAUAUGCCUACAAGACCGUCGAGUCUGCUUCAUCGAUCGUUGUUUCAGCGCCUGCUGGUGUUGGAGCAUACACUUUGCUUGUUUCUCAUGAGUUUUUGGACACAUCAAACUCUCCUGUCACAAUUACUUUGGCUGAAUCAGACAGCGCCAUCACUGGUACUAGUGAUGCCAGCGCCGUCGUCGGCGGUGACUCUGUGACUGUGUCUGGCUCUUUCUUAGAUUGCGAAAACACGAACAUGGAGUUUUCAGUCUACAAAGAUCCCUGUGCCAGUGGAAAUCAUCAUUGUGACAAAAAUGCUGAGUGUAUUCCUGAUGGAUUCUCAUACACCUGCUCUUGCAUCGAUUCGAAUGUUGACGAAUGGUGGGGACAAGGCCACUGGGGUGAUGGUUAUCAAUGCCAUAAUCUCCAACGUCCAACUGCGCAGACAACUCCAGAAGACGCCAUUCAAAAAUGUCUUGAUGAUCGUAGACAUGUUUUCAACGUUGUAACUGAACAAGAUCGUCUUGAUCUUAUCGAUAUCAUCAAUACCGCAGGCGCAACUACUCGCGGUUAUUGGAUUCGAAUUGAUGGUGCUAUGACCUGCGCAACUGUCAACGAAGCAGGUGAUGGUCUUCUGACGGAAGCUGAACUUGGUGCAUGUAACACUUGGGGAGCUGAUGUAGAUGGAGGCGACAUCGAUAAGCGACCUCUUUGUACAAGAUAUACUUUUGACAAUUGCUAUGACGAUGAGGUCGAUUUUAGAGGUCGAUACACUUACAACGGUAGAAUGUCAAAGACUCUUUUCGGUCACGAAUGUCUUCCGUGGGAUACCACUGGAGAUUCAGAAUGGAACGGUUCCGAUAAUUUCUGUAGAAACCCUCAUUGGAGCACAGAUGGACCAACCUGCUACACUGGUCUUGAAAAAAACGGUUUCGACUAUCAACGCGUCGACUGCAACGUUCCAUCUUGUGUGGAACUCCGAUCUCAAGAUAUGACUAACUGCAUCAUCGAAAGUUGGGCACCACUUGACCUCGAUAAGAUCGACAAUUUUGAAACUAGUAGCUACAGAAACUGUUGGAUCGGAUCUGUCGGAAGCGCUCGAGAACUGAACAAUCCCCGAAGAUGUUACGACGGCCACGGAGAAGAACGCGGUGUUGACUUCAUCCCUGUUGAUGCUAGCAGAAACAUCUACGCAAUCAGAUUCAAUGAUGAUCAAGAUUAUGAGUAUCUCUACUCAGAAGGCAAUAAAAUCAUGCGAGCGAAUGAAGCCGAUGCUGUGACGCCAGAUCAAGAACGAGCUCAGUUUGUUGUUGAUCCAGAUUUCUUUGGACCUGGAAGAUGGGCACUUCGACAAGGGGAUCUUCACUGGCGAGCCCGACCAAGCAACAAGGGCGAUUUGCUUUUUGAAGCAAUCAAUCUUGACGAAGCCGAAUCUGUCGACGAAUACGCAUGGAAAAUUACCUGCCGUGCUGAUCACUUCGGCAGUCUUAUUGAACAGCCAACUGCUCCUAAUACAAUUGUCACUGAACAGGCUCUCACUUGCUCAGGUGACUUCAGCGGUGAUCUUGCCGUUACGAUGCCUCCUCUUCCAGCCGGUUCAUACAAGAUGAAUACUCGAGGUGCUUCUGGUAUCUCUGAUAUCGUCGAUGUGACCUACGCUCUUGUCGUUUCUUCUGUCACACCCAACACUGUCGGUGCUGGUGGUGGAACUGAAAUUACACUUUCUGGUGCUGGUUUCUCUGAAGCAACUUCGGCUAUUCUUUGUGACACUGCUCUUGAGCAGAUCUCGGUUUCCAACACAGAAGCUGUCUUCAUGACUGUUCCUGUUGAUAUGUCUAACUGUACGAACCUCUUUAGCGUUGUGGCUGUCGAUGCUGCUGACGGAAGCGAGAUCGUUGCUGCUGGAUUUGCACGAAACCUCUUCACAGUCGACGAAAGCUUGAGUCCAACUAUCUCUGGUGUCAAUCCAAAACGAGGUGGAACUGCUGGUGGUACUCAGUUGACCAUUACUGGAUCCGGUUUCGGAUCGAGCGUUGCUGAUACAACUGUCACUGUUGCAAAUAGUGCUUGCACUGUCUCUUCUGUUAGUGACACAGAAAUCGUCUGCGAGACUGGAGUUUUCGACAGAACUCAAGUUCAAGAACCAGUCAUGCCUGUUGUCACUAUUGCUGGUGGACCCGGUCAAGCUGUUGCUGAUACUUCCGCUGCUGAGUCCGACAUUCAGUUCUGGUACAUUGAUAGAUGGUCUUCGCCAUACACUUGGGGCUGCUCCGAUGAUAGCUGCAAGCCUCAAGAAGGGGAAAUCAUCGUCAUCCCAGCUGGUCAGGUUAUUCUUCUUGAUGAAACUACUCCUGUUCUCGCUGUUCUCAUUGUUGACGGAGGUAAAUUCAUCUGGGAUCGAAAAGACGGAAUCGAGCUUCAUAUGCAAUAUGGUGUCAUCAACAACGGCGGUAGCUUCGAAAUCGGUACUGAAGAGGAGCCAUUCUGUGAGGGCAAUGCAAUGAUCCAACUUUAUGGUCAUCAACGAUCCAUCAAUCUCCCAAUUUAUGGAGCGAAGGUACUUGCUGUCCGAUUCGGUUCUCUCGACUUCCACGGUUGUCCAAAGACCACUACCUGGACUGAACUCGAUGUCACUGCUGAAGCUGGCGAUAGUCAAAUCACUCUCACUCAUCCAGUCAAGGACGAUUGGUUCGUCGGAAACGAGAUUAUCAUUGCGGCCACUGGUGAUAUCACGAACUUCCACAGAAGCGAGAAACGCGUCAUUGCUGACGUCUCUGAUGAUGGCUACACUGUAACUCUUACUGAAGCUCUUGAGCACCGUCAUUUUGCUGUUUGCUCUGAAGGCCCCGCUGGUUCUACUUUCGGUUGGGGAUGGGCUGGAACUAUUUGCACUCGAGCUGAAGUCGGUCUUCUCACCCGAAACAUUCUCUUCAGAGGUGACUUCCAAGAAUCCUGGGCCGAAGAGCUCGACGAGUGCGAAGCUGGAGUCGGAACUGCUUUCGGUACCCAAACGUGCUUCCAGAAUCGAUACGGCCACGAGACCGGAUCUGAUCAAUUUGGUGCUAUCCUCUUCUUGCACAAGCCAUCUCAUGCCAAGAUCGAAUUCACUGAAUUCACUCAUGCCGGUCAGGCUUUCAAUCUUGCUCGAUACCCGAUCCAUUUCCAUACUCCUGGCUCUCUUCCAACAUCUUACGUCCGUGGUAACGGUAUUCACAAUACUUUCAACCGAGCUUUGACCAUGCACGGUGUCCAUAAUCUCACCGUCGAAUACAACGUCAUCUACAAUGUCAUGGGUCUCGCUUUCUUCCUCGAAGAUGCUGUUGAAGAAGACAAUAUCUUGCGAUACAAUUUGGGUAUCAUGAACAAGAAAUCGUCAUCUCUUCUCAAUAUCGAUUCUACACCCGCUGUCUUCUGGAUUCCAAAUCCAAACAAUAUUUUCUAUGGUAACCGAGCUGCUGGUGGAACCCACUUCGGUUUUUGGUUCAAUCCAUCUGACGAGCCAACUGGACCUUCUGCUCAAAUGGAAGAAUACCAGAACUUCUGUGUCAAGAAUCGACCUCUCGGAGCUUUCUACAACAACACUGCUCACUCAAUGGGUAAAUACGGUAUGUGGAUCUUCGUCGAUCUUACCCCAACUGCUUCUGGUGAAUGCGAUGAUCCAACUCCAAAGGCCAUCAAAUUCGGAGAACUUCCCGCUGAAAACGAAAACGGCCCUAUUCCAGACGACACUUUCGGUUUCUUCGCCUGGCAUUGUGAGCGAGGAGCUGAGUUUGCCACUGGUGGUGCCAUUCAAUUCCUCAAUAUGAUCACUGCCAACAACUGGAUCGCGAACUUGGCUGGUAAAGAAUCCUUCCUUCAUACAUAUGGCGAAGAGGGCAUGGAAGACCAGAUCUCCAUGUUCAAACGAAACAUUGUCAUCGGUCACUUGGAUGGAGACCCAGAACUGAAGGCCUGCGGAGAUAUGGGUAUCGAAACCCCAUGGAAAUUCUUUGCCUUCACUGUCGACGAUAUUGCUUUCUACAACUACGAUACAACAACACCUGAUCUCGCUUCGGCCGAAAUCCCAUCUGAUGCUGCUGAGAGACGAUGUGUCGCUUUUGAUCCUUGCUACGGUUCAAACGCUUUCGAUUGCGGUGCUAUCACUUGGUUCUCCAAGGUCAGCUGGUUCAACUCGAAUAGAAGAAUGACCCACGCUUGGGAGCACGAAGCAGCUGUUUUGGAUAGAGACGGCUCUUUCUCAGAAGGAACUCCUGGUACUUACGUUAUUUCCAAAUCAGAUGCUUACAACAAGAACUUGUGCUCUGACGAUACUUCUGGCAAAUACGCCAUUGAAGGAUCAUUCCCAGCUCAGAUCUGCGAACCUUCCGGUGGUGGAAAAUUCUUUAAGCCCCAUCGAUUCAUGUUCAAUUCUGCCAAGCCUGACUCUCUCGAAGGAAUGGAAGCCGUCUUCACUGGUGAACACGGAACUGCCAAGUCUCCUUUCAGAAAUUGCCGACCAAGAGGAAACGGAUGGAUGGUUCUCCUUGAUGGUAAUCAAGAGUACGAAAUGCACUUCGCCAACAUGGAUCACAUUUCAAAUAUCUCCUUCACGGGUGAUAUUGAUGAUUUCGAAACUGGCGAGUGGCUCACUAUCCGACACGAUUUCCCAGAAAAAGUCGACACUGCUACCCUUCGAAACGACGACGUUCAAGUCAAGGUCGAAGAAUGGCCAGCUGAUCCGCUCUCUGUUGAUCCAUACACUUAUCAUGUUGAAAAUGUCACAGAGCCCUACUCUGUCCGAUACACUUUCAAUGGUAACUGGAACACCGAGUCACCAGAAUUCUACAAGUGUUUCUACAAAGAUUGCAUUCCACCACCACCAGAGCCAGGAACUGCUGAAGGUGAGCUUGUAGAGUGCAAUUUUAUCGAAUGCGCAAUGCAGGACGAUUUCGCACCACUCCAUGUUCAAGAAACUCAGCACGUCAAAUUCGACCGAUCUGCAUUCAUUGCUUCCGGUGGAACUGUCAAACUCGGUGAAACAAUCGUUGAUGGUACUUUCGAGAUCGAAGCUGCCGCUCUUCAAGAAGGCGAUACACUUACCAUUGAAGCUGAUAAUUUCUUGAUCAACUCCCAUACUGAUCCCGCUGAUAUUGGCCGAAAACGACGUGAUACCUUCGUUUAUAAUAACGGAAAGAUCGUAAUCGGUUCUGAAGAUGCCCCAAUUCCAUGUGGCACCCAAGUUGUCAUCAAAAUCAACGGUGAUAAGAGUUCCAAGUCUUACGGCGCUACUCCAGGAAAUCCACCAAUUGGUCCAAAGGCCAUGGGAGGUUUUGGUGGUAUUGAAAUGUAUGGUUGUGCCCCAGCCAACACCUGGGUUCAGCUAAUGACUACCGUCAACGCUGGCGCAAGUGCUAUCACCGUCAUGGGUGACAUCGCCGGCUGGAAGGCAGGUGAUGAGAUCGCUGUUGCGUCAACUUCCUACGAGCAUCGACACACUGAAUACGUGACUAUUCAAUCUAUCAGCGGAAAUGUCAUUGCUAUCUUCCCAGCUCUUGAGCACAGACACACUGGCGCCACUACAUCCACUCAAACCAUAAACGGUGUGGAUUACAACCAAGCCGCUGAAGUUACACUCCUGACCCGAUCUAUCAAGAUCGACGGUACUGACUCCACAGACGACAAGGUCGGAGGAAGAAUCGUUCUUAUGAACUGGAUUCGAAUGAACGGAGCCCAUUUCUACGAACACCACGGUUACGGUCAGUUCAGCAACGUUCAAUUCACUGGUAUGGGUCAGUACGCUUACACCAGUUAUGAUGAUAACCGAGCUGCCAUCAUGUUCUGGGGCAUUGACACCACUGCUGAUGAGGCUCUUGGUCGAAAGGCUUCUUUCGUCAAGGGAUGUGCUUUCCACGACCUUUACCACACUGCCGUCGCCGCUCUCUUUGACACGGACAAUCUUGUCAUCGAUAACAACAUCAUCAUGGGCGUCGUCGAUGAUGCCAUUCGAUCUGAUGGUGCCGGAACUGUCAUUACCAACAACGUCAUCGGAAACGUCGAGGCUACUGCUCUCUACAAGGGUGCUUUCGCUUCCGGCACAAACGUCAACUUCGAAGAAGAUCAACUUCCAUCUUGUGUGAACAUCCAGGGCUCUACCGAUACUGUUCUUACCGGCAACAGAUGUACUGGUUCUGAUGGUUCGUGCUUCCAGACUGAUGGAGAGUCUUGCGAUGUUUCAGAAAUGUGCUCUUUCAAUACGAAUGGAUUCAGCUACUCAAACAACAUGGGUCACUCUUGCGCGAUCGGUCACUGGAACUUGAACGGAGGAGACACAUGCUCCAAGUAUGGAGGCUACUACUUCUACAAGAUCGCAUAUUAUGGAUUCCAAUGGCUCUCUUCAAAAGAUUACCACAUCGUUGAAGACUCUGUCGUUGUCGAUGCUAAGGUCGGUUUCUACGGUGUGAGCAUCAAACCUGGACAAGACAAGCGAAACACAGUCAAGAACACUUACUUCGCUGGUAAAUCUGACUUCUAUGACUGUGCUUACGACGCGGAUGUUCACAAAGACAUGGAGCUCAGUAAACAUGCUGGCUCUUUGAACCCUAAGAUCGUCAAGAACCACGCUGCUGUCCUCUUCCCCGAUUUCCAUGCAGAUAAAAACGGAUUCCCGAUUUGUGAGAUGUUCGCUGCUGAUGUAGACCCCAAUAAUCACGGUCUUACUUGCAUGCUCGACUGCCACUUCGCCAACUACAAUGCCAAGUGCGGCGGCCGAGACUUCCUCUUCAAUACAAAUCCAAAGACUAUGGAUUGGACUUUCCCCAUCCAGCUUCUGGGAGGCAACCAAAAAACAAACGUCAAUAAUGAAGAUCUUGUUCACUUCGACAGACCUACACUUGACAAGGUCAACAUUGCUGAUUGCGUCGAUCUCCAUGCUGAUGCAAACAAGCACGCCAAGGUAAUGGAUAUCGAUGGUGGUGUUUUCGACGUUCCCGGUACUCUCUUUGCUGAAUCUGAAUAUGAAUGGGAUGGCGUGACUCGACCAACUGCUGAUGGCGGAUCUAUAACUUACAGUGAUACUCAAGAUGGCCUUGGCGACUACCGAAUUCCAAAGCCACUCAUCACAGCCAUGGAUGGCUCCAAGAUUCCAAUCGAUGAUGUCAUUCAAGAGCGAGGUAUCGUUAGAAACGAAAACUGCGACUAUCGACCAGAGGGUCCUGCAUGGUUCUGUCCUCUUUCCGACUUCCGAUAUUAUGAUCUCGUCUACGACAUGAUGGACAAUGACAAGAUGAGCCGACGAUUGACUCCUCUUGCUCUUGUUGCCAAUGGUCACGCUGACAUCAUCAACGGUCCAUGUGAUCAUUCUUGCUGCAUCGGUUACGCUUGCUCUCUCCGAUUGAUGACACUUCACAGCACUGUCGCUUGUGGUCAAGAGUACGACUACUACUUCUCGUCGACUACUCCGCUCAAGGCCAAAUGGUACUUCGCUGAUGCUCCUGCUGAUUGCAAGAUCCUCAUCAAAUUUUACUCCAAGCGACCAAACAGAUUGAACUUCUUCAAGGAUGGCGAGCUUUCAUUGGCCACUAAUGCCGUUCUCAUGGGUGAUUCAAUCUCCUGGUCUAAGCCGGAUCCAUCUUUCUACCCAGGACUUACUGACUCUAUCUACAAUCACGGUGGUGCCAACUACCACGAUCGAAACAAUCAGCUAUUCUACAUGAUCCUUUCUGGAGGAAGCGAAUACGAUUUGGAAGUCGUUUCUUCUCUUGUCCUCGAACUUGGCGUCAUGACUGAAGUUACUGAGGAUGAGUUCUAUGAUAACGGUAACCUCGCUGCCAACAUUGCUGCUCUUCUCGGAAUCGAUCCAAGCAAGAUCCGACUCAUGAAUGUCAUCUCUGAGACUGGUGCUCAGCGAAGAAAACGACGAGCUGCACUUGGAUACGACGUCAUCAACGUUGAUGUUAACCCACGAUUCCGAAACCGAAGACAAGAAGAUGCUCCAGGCAUGACUCUUGGCUUUGAAAUCGAUCCAUCUUCCAACACUGCUAAUGGUGCUGAAGCGAACAACAAGCUUGGUGCUCAAAUCGCUGGCAGCGGUGGUGCCAUUGUCAACAAUGUCAUGAACACUACCCAGACUGAGAUUGAUCCAUCCGCCACUGCUGACGAGAGCGUUGCUAUUGCCGCUGCUCCAGAACCACCACCAGAGGAACCAGAGAUGCCAGAAACCCUCGCUGACAUCCUUGGUAUCGAUAACAUCGCUGAAGGUGAAUCCAUCGAAGACUUCCUCGAGAAGGUCGAAGAAGCUCUCGAUGUUCCACUCGACGAUCUUGAAACUGCCGAGGAAAAGAACGCUGCCAAGCAAGCUGCCGCUGAUGCUGCCCUCGAAGCCGUCGUCUACACCAGUCCAGCUGAACUUCUCGUUCUCUCUGAGCCAACUGAGCCACAGAUUCUCGGCCUCGAUUUCUACCAGAAGUUCUCUUUCGCUAUGAAGGAUACCAAUGGUGAGAUCAUGCCCAUUGUUGGUUUCGUCGCUACUCCAUGGAACAUCAAGGUCACUUUUGGUGAUCAGGUCGUUACUUCCGGCCCUGCCAGUCCGAAUCUAGAUGGAUUGACUUCAGUUGAUUUCACUCCUGGUGAUGGAAGAAGUAUUUUCGAUAAUCUUGUCGUCAAGGGUGACGUUGUCAGCGCCAAUUUCGUUUUCACCGCUGUCGAUCCUUCCGUCGCAGAAGACACCGGUAUCAGCUGGACAUCCCCUGUCGUCGAGUUCCUUCCGCCAGCCGACACUUCUGUCUGCGAUGCCAAACCAGAAGGCUCUCCAUUCGACAAGAAGAUGGCCUUCAGUCCAGAUUGCUCGUAUGUCUGCAUCACUGGUUGCACCUCUGUCGGAGCUGCUCCUGUCUGCGAGACUCUCUCAAGCUGUGACGCUUCAUCCUUCUCUGCUUGUGGCGAUUCCGGCUGCGAGUGCGACAUGAGCUUGGUUCCAGAAGUUGAAAGCAUCGAUGUCGCGGAUUACAUUUCCGGAACUUGCGAUGGCGCUGGCCUUACCAUGCGCGUCAACAAGUGUGUCGUUAACAAGCUUGGCCUCAUGCUCAAGGACAUUCAUGUCGUCGGCGAGCAGGUCGAUGACUUCUCCUCCAUUGCUGCUGAUGCAAACUGCCGAGGUCGACUCGGUUUCGAUGCUGGAGCAGAAUACGUCUUCCGAAUCAACCGAAGCAAGUCCGAAUGCGGUGCCUCUACUUCAUACAACUCCACUCAUGUCACCUACACCGCCGGCAUCCAGGGCUACAAGAUGGUCUCUGACUUCUUCCAGCGAGAUGUCGCCGAGUUCUGGAGCAGCUUCGAAUGCUCUUAUCCAAUUGAUUUGAGCAGCUACACAGAACUCGCCACUGCGCAGAAGAUGGACAAUGUUGUCGAAGGACGAAAUGUCAUGGUCGCCAAAUACACCAACGCUGGUUAUCAUACCGUUGCUCCAACUGAUCAAGUCAUCAGCAGCAGCUCGAUAAUCUCUGAUCUUGGAAUGGUCGCUCCAGAGGGAUUCCAGCUUGAAGCCAACCGAUGCUGGUUCUCUGACGCCUACAACGCCGACGACGAGAAUGCCGGCAAUGUCAUCGACGUUGUCACUGACGGUUGCCUCACAUCCGGUCAAGAAGGAUUCGUUUCUAUUUCCGAAGGAUGGUCUGGCACUAAUCAGUUCCGAUUGAUGGUCACUGAUUCCGUUCUUGGUGACUUGGCCUCCGAUGUUGUUUACUUCAACUGCAUGGUUUCGCUCUGUGACUUGAAUUCCGGAUCGUGUAGUGACGCUUCUUGCCCAGGCUCAAACACUGCUUCCGGCACCCAAAUCCGCGUCCACACCGAGCUCAACGUCGACAACUCCGCCGGAGUCGCCGAUUGUGACGCCAACGCGGACAACUGCGAGAACUGCAAAGCCACGAUCAACGGCGGCGUUUGCUUCUGCCCCGAUGGCUUCACUCUCCAGCCGGACAACUCUUGCGCCGCUUCGAGUUCACGAGCAACAAAAACCUCCAAGGGCAAAUGGAGCUCAAAGAAACCAUGGCAAAAGAAAUGGAAAAACUAA